ACUUCGUUAGGGAGUUCUUGUAAACCUAAUUCACAACUGAUAAUUCAUACACAAUAUCAUUUCUACUAUUCAUCUUCUUCUCCAAUUAUCUAGCUCAACUCUCCAUCAAUGGUGCUUUCAUUGAGAGUUUGAGCAAAUCAAGUGAGAAAACCUCCCCAAAACAUCCAAAAAUUCAUCCCAAACACAAAAAAUCUAGCAAAAACUGUUCUGGGAAAAUCCAAAAAAUGCAACAAAUCUGGAAUUUCAAUCUGGAAAAUCCUGCACACAAAAAAAACUCUAGAAAAUCCAAGAAUGAGUGGGAGUUGGUACAGCCGACGGGUGGUAUCAACUGUAGUUCACCACCACUGCUGUGGAACUCACAGCCAGUGUUUUAGAUCUUGGCUUCAUUGCUAUAGAUCUCGCCUACAGCUGCUCCAGUUAUAGACGACCCCAAGUAUGAGCCUCUGCCAUCUCCGUCUCAGUGCCUCUGUCCUACUCCUCUCUCCCAAUCGCUCCGCCACCACGCCUGGACCGUUAUAGUUCGACGGUCGCGGCCUUGGUUCACAACUGUCUCGUGGAGGUCGGAGCUCCCUUUCUCCUCUGCCUUACCAGUCUCCGUCGAUCCCGUCAACGUUCCACACCUGAGUCAAAAGCACGGUUUUGUUUUCCCUUUGAGCCAGGCGUUACUCUAUCCAUUAAGGACGUCAAGACAGUUUUUUCGGCCGACAACGGCCUUAACCGCUGCCAGCCGCCAGGGUCUCACAGGUACUCCGCUUCUCUGGCGGCGAAAGCUACCAAUCGCUUUUAUGAACCACUGUGAUAGAGGACCGGACAAGCGUGACGGUCGAGACCUUUUCCUCUCUAGCUGCCAGCAGCGACUCCAUCUUCAUCUCAUCCCGGCAGCGGCUAUAUCCAGCUAGCCGUGACCAGGUCUGGUUUAUCUUCUCAACAUUUGGGGCGGACAGAACUCCUGGGCAAAAGCUAGGUCAGAAUUAGUCAAUGAGCCAAGAUGCAAUUUCUAAACGGGCCCCCUUAAAUCAGCCCACUCUUAGAGGCCGUUUGGCAACCCCUCAUUUUCGGCUUAUCAGGUUUAUCAGCCAAUUUUUUUACCAAACACGUAAAUUUUGCUUUCGCGCGUUGAAUUGUGUAAUAAGCCGAAAAAGUAAGGUUGAAGUUACUUUUCUGACGGUAUUGGCUGAAGUUACUGUAGAUAAUCAUUUUAGCUAUUUUUACAUAUAAUUUUUUCUUUAUUUUAUUAAUAAAAUAUAUUUUAAAAAUAUUUUUUCUUGUAUCAGCAUAAUCAGCCAAUCCAGCCACUUCAGUCAGAACUUCAUAAAUUUCAGCAGAAUCAGCCAAAACAGCUGAUUUUCGUGAUGCCAAACGGGCUCUUAGAAGCUAAGUGCACUUUCUCUAGUUUUAAUAUAAUUUGUCAAAUUCACAAAUUGAUUCAAAAAUGCAAAAAAAAAAUAUAAAAUGAAAUAUUUUAAUAACAUAGCAUCAAACUUCAAUCUCGAGGGGCGAGUCAUCCGUGAAAAGACCCGUAAAUAGCGUCUAGCGGAUCCCAGCUACGAACUUGAGUGACAAGUUGAGCUAUAUUAUUAAUUUACUAUCAUUAUUUAUUUUUAAAUAGUGUGUAUUUUUUUACAUUGAAAAAAUGGACUUAUGAAAUUCCGAGCACUCGCGUACACGGGAAGAGUGCUAAAAUCUUGCACCACCGGGUCACGUCAAACGAGUGUGGAUAGUAAGCUCCCAAUCCAAAUGUUAUCUAAUACAUACUCUAGUUUCUAUGUUUUGAAUGAGUUAUGUGUGCCCUCUAGCUAUCGGAAAUGAACUACAAUCCCUCAGCGGUAGGUUCAAUCCUUUAUGCGUGCCACGCUCCAACUAAGCAUAGAAACCUAGCUUGAGCUCCAGCUUGAAAAUUUGAGGCCACUUAAUGUAGGUCCAAAUUCAAUAGCAAAUUACAAGCUCAAGAAAUUAUAACAAUUUUUUUGAAUGCAUAGGUGCAACUAGAUCAUAACAUCAUACCGGCCCCUUAGCCGUCUCUCUUGGUCAUCUUUAUUUGAUGGCUUGGACUUCAUAUAGGCCUCUCGGCCACAUAUCUCGAUCAUCUUUAUUUGAUGACCAGGACAUCAUAAUAUGGACGGUCGUUUGACCUAUCUCUUAGUCGUCUUUAUUUGAUGACAAGGAUUACCUAUCAUGCUGAGCUACGCACAUAUGAGGAUCGAUCUUGGUCAUCCUCUUAGCAGAUGUCGACGGUUGCAGUUAUACGCCCAGGUCGAAGGGUUCACCUCUUUUGCUUCAUUUUGGGGACAUCUGAUGUACUCUUUUUCCCUCAUUAGGAUUUUUUUCCACAAGAUUUUUUCCUAGUGAGGUUUUUAACGAGGCAUCUCCCCAACGUGGACAAAAGGUGUCGACCCUGGGUCCUUAUUGAAGACAUCACGAGAUAUGCACUACUCUACUCCUCUUCACCUCACUACAUUCACCUCAAGGAGUGGGACUGGAAGAGCGGGGGACUUAGCGCCUCCGUUAGCCAAAGAAGCAGAAAUUCAAAAUUUUUCACGAAGUUUACUCAUCAGACGAUAGACCAGCACACAGUUCUAAUCUCUUUCGCCCCGAGUACUCUCGACUCAGGGAGUGGGGGACUCCUGAUGGAGUAUAUAGACUUGGACCCCCAGGUCUCACGACUAUUGGGCCCAGACAGCGGCCCAUGUACACUCAGCUGAUAGCAUUUUCAUUAUUGUACAUUAUUAUUAUUAUUCAGGUGUUCUAGAUUAGCCUUUUAUAUUAUCAGUCCAUUUAUGUAACCGAGUCUGUCAGGGCCAUAUUAGAGGCCCUGACCCGGAUAUUCUUUUAUAUAUACUCCCUUAGGGAGUUCUUGUAAACCUAAUUCAUAACUGAUAAUUCAUACACAAUAUCAUUUCUACUAUUCAUCUUCUUCUCCAAUUAUCUAGCUCAACUCUCCAUCACGAAGAAAACCAAAUCGUAAACCGAUUUGCUCACCCCUACUUCCUAGGAUGGAGAUCACAGUCUUAUGCAGCACGAUCGGCCUCUUGGCUCCAUCGUGUCUGGUUCACGAUCAAGUUCGUCCAUGCCUUUCAAGAUAGGGACCAUUGUCUUAUGCAGCACGAUCGGCCCAUCAGCGCCAUUGUGUCCGGUUCACGAGUGGGUUCACCCAUGCCCUUCUUGGAUGGGGAUCACCGUCUUAUGCAGCACGAUCAGCCCAUCAGCGCCAUCAUGUCUGCUUCAUGGUUGGGUUUCGCCAUGCCUUCCAAGGAUGGAGACGACCGUCUUAUGCAGCACAAUCGGCCUAUCAGCGCCAUCGUGUCCAAUUCACGGUCGGGCUCGCCCAUGCCCUUCCAGGAUGGAGACUGUGGCUUUAUGUCGGACGAUCGGCCCCUCAGCUCCAUCGCGCCCAGUUCACGGUCAGGAUCAUCCAUGCCCUUCUAGGAUCGAGACCGUGGCUUUAUGCAGGACGAUCGACCCCUCAGCGCCAUCGGGUCCAGUUCACGAUCGAGUUCGCUCUUGCCUUCCCAGGAUGGGGACCACCAUCUUAUGCAUCACGAUUGGCCCCUCAGCGCUAUCGUGUCUGGUUCACGGUCGGGUUCGCUCAUGCCUUUCCAGGAUGGGGACUUCCAUCUUAUGCAGCACGAUCGGCCCGUCACCGCUAUCGUGUCCAGAUCAUGGUCGGGUUGGCCCAUGCCCUUCCAGGAUGGGGACCACCGUCUUAUGCAACACGAUCGACCCGUUAGCGCCAUUGUGUCCUGUUCACGGUCGGGUUUGCCAAUGCUUUAUAGGAUGGUGUAAGGAAUAAUUGUAUUUACAUUUUGAUGAUGCUAGACUGAUUAGAAUAUUAGAGUACCCCCAUUAGAAUUUUGUAUUAGAAUUGUUUUCUAAGUGUAAGCACUUUAGUAUAGUCGACUAGACAAAACACCACUAGGUCCUGUUAGCCUCUGUCCUGAUAGAAGUGCUCGAGUCCCUCUUUGACUGCCCCUCUGUUCAAGCACACCAUAAGUCCUCAC